AUGAAGACCGCCGCCGUGUUCUCCAUAAUGUUCCUUGUUAGCAUGCUGCUUCCAAUGGUAGCACCCGAGGACGACUCCACCUCCGAACAAGACGUGUACAUUGUGUACACCGGCGGUGCCAACCCCGCAAAUUUGGCAGUAAAGGAAUCGUUGAUCAACAGGGUCCUUGUCAGGAAAAAUCUUUUUGACAUGGUUACUACGUACCAACACGGGCUGGCCGGCUUCGCCGCACGGAUGUCGUCGUCGGAGGCCAUGUUCAUCUCCCAGCAACCAGGCGUCUUGUCUGUUUUCAAAGAUUCAUACUUGAAGCCUUUGACGACGCGGUCUUGGGACUUCCUCGGGGAACCAGCACCACCAUUCGCAGGCUUUGAGGACAUCGUCCCUGCCUCCUCGGAGGUAGUGAUUGGCUUCAUCGACACCGGCAUCUGGCCGGAGUCCCCGAGUUUUCUGGUUGGCAACGGGAGCAGAGCCCCGCCGGCGGAUUGGAAGGGAAUAUGCGAAACGGCGAAAGAUUUCAACAGCAGCGCAUGCAACGGGAAAAUUGUGGGAGCACGAUCCUACGUACAUGGGAGUAGCGCAAGAGAUAUCGAUGGCCAUGGUUCACAUGUCGCUUCAACCGCCGCUGGAAUGGCGGUCAAAGCAUCGUACCACGGCUUCGCGGCCGGGACGGCCCGAGGGGGUUCAGAGUCCUCAAGAAUUGCGGUGUACAAGGCCUGCUGUUGCGGGUGUAAGUCAUCGGCCAUACUGAAGGCUUUCGACGACGCCAUUUCCGACGGCGUCAGGGUCAUAUCCGCUUCCAUCGGCUCUGACGAGACGGACGACCCUAUCGAUCCCCUCGACUACUUACUCAAAGACCCUGUGAUGCUGGGGGCCUUCCACGCCGUGGAAAGAGGGAUUACUGUAGUUUGCGCCGCCGGAAACCGUGGCCCGCUCCCGGGGACCGUGCUUAACGAUGAGCCGUGGACUAUAACAGUGGCGGCCGCAACAAUAGACCGAGAUUUCCGCGCCAAUGUCCUGUUGGGUAGCGGCACAAUCAUCAAGGGCGAAGGGAUCGUGUUUCACAGGCUGAAUGGGUCGGCCAUUCACCCACUGACCUCCGGUGAGGCAGCCAAGGAAAGGAAGGCCACCAAUCACGCAGCCAGGGAUUGUCAGACGGGUUCGCUGAGUCUGUCGAGAGUUGAAGGGAAAGUUGUGUUUUGUGAGACCAGAGAUAAAAAGACCGCCUUGGACCUACAAGUAUACGAGGUAAUGAAUAAUGGCGGGUUGGGAAUCAUUAUAGAGAACGACUUCUUGAAGAGAGUGGCAAACUACUAUGGGGGCUUCAAUUUCGCUGUGACUGUGAUCAGCACAAAAGAAAGUUUGAAGCUAAAGGACUACUUGAAAUCUACCAAGAAACCAAUAGCUAAAAUUCUUGCAACCGUGCAAAUUGGCAACUACAAGCCAGCUCCUGAAGUGGCUUUUUUCUCAUCUGCGGGACCGUCAGCAAGCUCGGUAAACAUCGUCAAGCCCGAUAUAACGGCACCGGGGGACGGGGGUGGACAUUCUCGCCGCGUGGUCGAGCGACGAAAGUUUCACCGAGGCCAGCGAUAG